GCUGGAUUCUAUAAACAUGGAGACGGUGGAGAAGGAAUGUGGGGCGCUUGGAGGACUAUUCCAAGCGAUAGUCAACGAUAUGAAGUGUUCCUAUCCUGUGUGGGAGGAUUUCAGUGCCAAGGCCACCAAACUCCACUCUCAACUCAGAACUACUGUACUUGCGGCAGUGGCCUUUCUGGAUGCCUUUCAGAAAGUAGCUGACAUGGCUACCAACACGAGAGGUGCCACCAGAGACAUAGGAUCGGCACUGACCCGAAUGUGCAUGAGGCAUCGUAGCAUCGAGGCCAAACUUCGCCAUUUCACAAAUGCUUUGAUGGAGAGCCUGAUAACCCCUCUUCAGGACCGGAUUGAAGACUGGAAAAAAACAGCCAACCAGUUGGACAAGGACCAUGCCAAAGAAUACAAACGCUCUCGCCAAGAGAUCAAGAAGAAAUCAUCAGACACAAUGAAAUUACAGAAAAAAGCCCGGAAAGAACUUCAGGGUCGUGGAGACCUGCAGCCUCAGUUGGACAGUGCAAUGCAAGAUGUUAAUGAUAUGUAUCUGCUGAUGGAGGAGACGGAGAAACAGGCGGUUCGGCGCGCUCUAGUGGAGGAGAGAGGACGUUUCUGCACAUUCAUCAGCUUCCUACAGCCUGUCGUGAAUGGAGAAAUUGCCAUGCUGGGAGAAAUCACUCAUCUUCAGGCCAUUAUCGAUGACCUCACUGUACUUACCACUGACCCACACAAACUGCCCCCAGCCAGCGAACAGGUAAUUAAAGAUCUGAAGGGUUCAGACUAUAGUUGGUCCUAUCAAACUCCCCCCUCCUCUCCCAGCAGCUCUGGGUCCAGGAAAAGCAGCAUGUGCAGUGUCAACACCACCCACAGUAGCGCAUCUCACUCGUCUGGUGGCUCACAAACACACUCACCCGGUGUGUCCUGUCGCUCUCGCAGUCUGGCCCAGCCACCACCGGGGGGCGCUCACCGCCUCAGCAGUGUCUCUUCCCAUGACUCGGGCUUCAUCUCACAAGAUGCCAAUAUCUAUUCCAAACCACCCUCGCCCAUGCCCUCUGACAUCACCAGCCAGAAAUCGUCAAGCUCAGCCUCCUCUGAGGCUUCUGAGACCUGCCAAUCAGUCAGUGAGUGCAGCUCUCCCACCACGGACUGGUCCAAAGCAGGUUCCCACGAGCAGCCGUUGGCUAACACGCUUCAGAGACGAAAGGAGCCCUUGGAUAGGCUGAGAGAGUCUGAGUCCUCUCACGGAUCACAGGGAUACUCUGCUGGGAUGCAUCCUGAGGACUUCCAGAGGCUCAGGAUGACCCCGGCAACCAUUGCUGCCAAGCAUGGUGAGGAGGUGUCUCCAGCUGCCAGUGACCUGGCCAUGGUCCUGACUCGUGGCCUUAGCAUGGAGCAGCAAAAAAGCAGCAGAGACUCUCUGCAGUACUCCAGUGGAUACAGCACACAGACCACUACACCAUCCUGCUCGGAGGAUACGAUUCCAUCACAGGGCUCAGACUAUGAUUGCUACUCGGUGAAUGGUGACACAGAAACGGAUGGUCAGGGUGACUUUGAUAAAUCCUACACCAUCCCACGGCACAGUAACAUUGCGCAAAAUUACCGCAGGAUGAUCCAAACCAAACGCCCUGCCAGUACUGCCGGGCUGCCCAGCGCCGGGGGCACUCAGAGCGGACCCCCGGGGGGCAGUGGAGGAGGUGGAGGUGGUGGGGGUGGUGGAGGAGGAGGAGGGGUGGGCACCCCUGGCACUGCCACUAUUCGCCGUACCCCAUCCACCAAGCCAGGGGUACGUCGUACCUUAUCCAACGCUGGGCCUAUACCCAUUCGCCCGCCCAUUGUGCCUGUCAAAACCCCAACCGUGCCUGAUUCGCCAGGUGGGUAUCCAGGGCCUCCAGCACGGGUGGGAAGUGAGGAGUGCGUGUUUUACGUCGCAGACGAUGCCUCUCCAGGAGCGUUGGAAUACGUGAAGGCUUCUCCCAAACGCCUGAGUUUGCCAAACACCGCCUGGUCAGCAGGAGGCGCCGCAGGCCUGGAGAUGAGCGUGUACGGGCACGGAGAAGAGGACCAGCAGAUAGCGGCUAACCGCCACAGUUUAGUGGAGAAGAUCGGAGAGCUGGUGGCCAGCGCCCACGCUCUCGGAGAGGGACAGUUCCCGUUCCCCUCCUUGCCAGACCAGCCUCCGCCUGGACCCGGACCACAGUCUGACCCCGGCGUACCCCAAGAGGGCGAGGACAUGCUGGUGUCCAUUCGCAGAGGGGUACGGCUGCGCAAGACUAUUUCCAAUGACCGCUCCGCGCCCCGGAUUUUGUGA